CAGUUUGAACGAACGGAUGAUCUUAAUUUUUUAGGUCGGCACAAUUUUGAGUAUGUUCGUUACCCCUGGUUGUUUCCUGAAGUGGUCUGCUACUGUGGAUGAUAUUGUUGAGAGAACAUCCACCUUAAUCAGUCAUGCCGUUUCAGUAUAUGACAAAGUGGGAUCAUCUGAACCUGCUUCUUUUAAGUCAGUUGUUCUAGUAAAUGUUAUUAUUCAAUAUACUGACAUUUUUCCAGCUUAUGUCACUGUUUGAAGCUGAAUAUCAAACAGAAAAAAACGCUAUAGACUUCCUUCAACAUAUUUCCGCUUGUAAAGCUAUAAGAGACGCCAGUUAUGAUGCCACUCGUAGACUUUCUGAUGUGAAAGUUGAAUUAGAGAUGCGAAAGGACGUAUUUGAGAAGUUUGCUUCAGUCCAAAAAAAUAUAGAUUCAUCAUUCCCCGAUGAAUAUCGUCGUUAUGUUGAUAGAAAAGUUCAGCUCGGUCGGAGAAAUGGUCUUCAUCUGGAUGACGAUAAAAGGAAGUUGAUAGAAGCCUUGAAUAAGGAAGAAAAUCAAUUGUGCAUUGAUUUCCAACGUGCUCUAAAUGAAGAGAACACUUUGUUAGAGUUUACAGAUGAGGAAUUGACUGGAUGUCCUGCUGAUUUCAUUGAUGGUUUGAAAAAGCUCCCUUCUGGCAAACGUGAAGUAUCUCUCAAAUAUCCACACUACUUCCCGAUCAUGCAAAAAGCGUCUAAUCCAGAAACAAGGAGAACAUUAGAAACAGCUUUUAAUUCGAGGUGUGUUAAAGAAAAUACACCCAUAUUGAAACGUUUAAUGGAACUACGAAAAGAACGUGCAACAGUUCUCGGUUUUUCUACACAUGCAGAUUUUAUGCUUGACUUAUACACUAAAACUUCUGCGAAUAUUAGCGAAUUUUUAAAUAAUCUUGGUAAUAAACUCGAAAAACUCCGACUGAAAGAGAUUACUCGCUUACUGGAAUUGAAAAAAGAAGAGUGUGACCGUUUAGGAUAUACGUUUAAUAAUUGCCUAAAUCCAUGGGACACACGAUAUUAUAUGAAUAUGGUUAAAGAACGAGAUUAUUCCGUCGAUGAAGUGGCUCUGAAGAAAUAUUUUCCAUUGGCCACUGUAAAAUCAGGUAUAUUGCGAUUGUAUCAACAACUGCUUGGUUUGAGAUUUGAGCGUGUUUCGAAUGCAGAAGUUUGGCACGAAGAGGUAGAAAUGUAUUCAGUGAGUGAUUCUCAAUCUGAUAGUUUGUUAGGUUAUUUCUAUCUUGACCUGCAUCCACGUGAAGGUAAAUAUGGACAUGCAGCUGUAUUCGGUUUACAACCAGGAUGCCGUAGAUUGAUGAACUCCAAUAAUAUUACAGUGGAUGAACAUAGUCAUUCCCCAUCAUUGGUAACCUCUGAACGUCAAUUGGAUAUAUCAGCAAUGGUUACUAAUUUCACUGCACCAGAUAAAGAAACUGGCCAAUGCUUUCUAUUUCAUCAUGAAGUUGUGACUUUCUUCCAUGAAUUUGGUCAUCUUAUGCACCAUGUAUGUUCACAUACUGAAACAGCUUUAUUUAGCUACGGUUUGAUCUGGAAAUGGAAUGUAAAAGAUCUCCGUCACGCUCUCUGCCUUAUGCUCGGCCAGCAUUUUAGGGAAGCGUUCAAAGCCUUGUGAAGUAUGAAACAACCACUUGCAUCUUCCUCACUAUUCACCUACAAUUUAUUACGAAGUCGGAUCAAGAACUUUUAAGGUUUUACUUCAUCUGUCGUUACUGUAAUUAAUUCUAGUGUUUUUCUAGAAACUUUUCAGUAUCAUAAAACUGUUCUUCAUUUAAAGCAGUUAGUCCCCUUCAGGUGUAUAGCAAUGAGAUGUCAUUCAGUCAGCUACAACGUAAGACCAGGCACAUAUAUGCAUCUUUCAAAAUUGCCACACAUAAUUAGCUCAACAAGAUGACCACCAAAUUUAUAGAAGUAAUUACUUCAAUGGUAGUAAUAUAUAAAAGAAAGAUUACAUAUAAGGAUAUGGUGUUGUGGUGUAUGCUACUUAUGUUUGCCGAUAUAAUUAGUAUGUAACAUCAGUCGAAAGUGAAAUGUCUGUGAACAGAAAGUUGAGAAGAUUAGAAUGCAGAGGAGAGAGAAGGAAAUUGAAAGUAAUCAAGAUAACAACGAGAAUGAAGGGACGGUGAAGCUUGUAAUAGACGAUUCAAAGAUGAUGUGCAAAUCAUAUAUGAUUUUCACAUUUUGUUAAACCACUGUGUGACCGUGCAUUAAAAAAUAAAUUGGUUAUCCCCAUCUGAGUGUUCAUUCACUACACUAUUUCUAAACUCAUUUAGACUCAUCAAGAUGUUUUAUUCAUUGACGAGAUUACUUAAGGGUCGACGGAGAUAGACUUACUCUGUAUAGUAGAAUCCAAUGAGGAUUUUUAAUCCUAAUUAGACAUCAGAUUGUGUGAAGGUGUAUACCCCUUGAAUAUUGGAUUUUGAACUAGAGACAAAGCAUUGAUAACAUUUACACCAUGAUGAAUAAAGACUUAAGUUAUCCCGUUGUUGAUAUUGUUGACUGAAUUUUGAUCAGUUGUUGUUGACAUAUGUGUAUCGUGUGUAGACUAUCUCGGUAUAACCACUUUGUCGUAAGUCUUAUGGACUCGAUGCGUUGUUGUUAGCAGUAGUGAAUAUCAAGAACGAGAUAAUUCUAAACCCUUACCAUUAAUGGUUAUGCAAACUCACUAGCUCAUGGAAUAGCAAUUUUGGCGUUUUGAGUAGAACAUACUGGGUGUGUGCCCCAAUGUGACCAUCGAUAUACUGUAAUGAAUGUAGAUUGAGCUACGACGAGUCUCAAAUAGGAAGAUGACACGGGCGUUCAAGAUUUCACUGCUCUUUACUAUCCAUUUAUUAUGUUGAUAACAUUUGUUCUUAUUUACUUGUUGUUUUUUUUAUCUCUGAAGUGGUACAGCUGUAGAAACAGAUUUUGUUGAGUGUCCAUCACAAAUGCUGGAAAAUUGGGUAUGGAAUGUUGACGGACUGAAAGCGCUACUUGGUACAAAUGAUGAUCCAAUUCCAAAAGAUUUAUUAGCUAGUCUAAUUAAUUCACGUAUAGCAAAUGCUGGUCUAUUUUAUUCUCGACAAAUACUUUUAGCCUCAUUCGAUCAAGCCAUUCAUACAACGAACUGGGAAGAUGAUCCUCUAGUUACUUUUACGAAUUUAAGUAAAAAAUGGUUGGGUAUUCAACCGAUACCAGAUACUUUUUGGCCUGCAUCUUUUGUUCAUUUAACUUGUGGUUAUGAUGCACGUUUCUAUAGUUAUUUAUUGAGUAGAGUAUACAGCACUGAUAUGUUUGAAUCACGUUUUCAAUGUGCUAUGGAUAGUGGUUGCUUAAGUAAAUCAGUUGGAAGAGAUUAUCGUGAGAAAAUUCUCCGUCCUGGUGGUUCUAAAGAUGCUGCAGAUAUGUUGAAAGAUUUUCUUGGACGUGAACCAAAUGAUGAUGCUUUCUUCAAAUUAUUAAAUGUUAAUUUACCAUAAUUGAAGUCAUUUGUCUUUCAACUUUUAUUUUGUAACGAGAUUUAAUUAUUUUUAUUUGAUUCCUUAUUGUUUCUUAUUUUCAAUAAAAGUUUUUCCCAGCUUUUU